AUGUCAGGAAAUGCAGCGACUAUAAAUGGGCCCUUGCUGCUCAAGCCACCGUCAGUGCCCUUCCUUCUGAGCUGUCGGGAAGGUGAGACCCACAUGGCUGAACCUGGCUGUGAGACCUCUUCUGAGGAAAGCCUUAGCACCAAGGAGCCCACAGCAGCGGACCCGAUGAGCCCGAAGCAGAAACAGCCCAGGCACGGAGGCUGCUGCCGGGGUAGUAGCCGCGGCUGCCACCGCCUUGUCUGCCGCCGGCGCCGCCACUGCCCCGACAAUUUCGCCACCUGCUUCUCCAGGCUUCUGAAGCAUGUUCACGAGGGCCUGAGCCUCUCACAGGAGGCUGUGAGCGUCAUGUAUUCGUUCGUCAAGGACAUCUUCGAUCGCAUCGCCGAGGAGGCCUGUCGCCUGGCCCGCUUCACCAAGCGGUCCACCAUCACCACCAGGUAUAUCCAGACAGCUAUGCGCCUAGUGCUCCCUGGGGAGAUUGGCAAGCACGCCAUAUCCGAGGCUAUGAAAGCCGUCAUCAGGUUCUACGGACGCAAAUGA